AUUUUUUUCAAUUUACUUUUUCUUUUUCCAAUUUUUUCCAUCUCGCUUUUAUUCUUUAUUUUCUAAAUUAACUUAAAACUUUUCAUUCUCAUUCAACCUCCCUUUAACUCGCUUUCAAUUUAUUCUAACUUUUUUCCUUUUUCUUUUUUUUUUCAUUUAGACUUAUUUCUUUUCAUUUACUUGAAAUGCCUCUUCAAGAUUCUAACCCUUUAACUAAUGGGUCAAACGAUAGCUCAAAAACAAGAAAUCUGUAUCAAAGUAAAUCUAAUAGCAAUACUAAUACUAAUACUAACACUAGUAAACCUGAUAACAGUAGCACACCCAGCACUGCUAAUUCUAAUUCUAAUUCUAAUCCAAACACUUCUGCUACUAACACCAACACCAAUACUCUAUCCAACCAAGACCAAGACUCCAAAUCUCAAUCUCAUUCUCAGCAAACCACCCACUCUCAAAUAAAUCCCCAGUUGAACUCUCAAAUAAAUCCCCAAUUGAUGCCUCAAUCUAACAUGCAAUCCAAUCUCCAAUACCAACAACCUUACUACAACCCUUAUAGCUAUCCUCAAUCUUAUCCCCAAGCUUCACCAACCUCAAACACCAACCCCAACUCAAUUCCAACUCCAACUUCUUCCACUUCAGCUUCUGCUAUUAAUCCCAUUGUCAACCCAACCCAAAAUCCUGCUUCCAAUAGUCCCCCAAAUGAAUCAUCUCCUUCAAAUAAACUAGUAACAAUUCCCAAACCAUCCACUUUUUACAACAACUAUCCUCAUUAUGGUAACUACUACCAAUCAACUCCAUCUGCUGCUGUCGCAACCUCCACCACUACUCCUGCUCCUGCCCCUGCCCCAGCUCCAGCUCCAGCUCCUGGCUUUUAUUAUCCCCCUUACCAACAGUCUCCUUUCCCAUCAAACCCAUCUCAAUCCCCCAGCCAAUCAACCUCCCUAGGCCAAUUUCAACCAACUGGUUUCCGUCCUAGGGUCACAACAACAAUGUGGGAAGACGAAAAGACUCUUUGUUAUCAAGUAGAUGCAAAUGGUGUCUCUGUAGUUA